ACUCACUACACGAACGAACGAAAGAAGAGUGAGACAAAGAAUGGGGGGUGGAGUUCGCGUAGAUCAUCCAUGGUCCUGGUCGUCGGGCUUCCCUUAGACCCCGGCUCGAAUCCCCACUCCCACUCCGCCACCACCUCUACAUGGUCCGAGUACGAAAGAGGUUACGGUCAUGUUAUAUGCACACGGAUACCCGUGCUUUCGUACGACCUUGUUUGUUCGGCUGUUGAUUGUCAUCUCAUUAUUUUUCUCCCCUCUUUGACACUGACAACUGACGGACAGCCUUUGCAUACUGAACGUCUUUUAUCGUUUCUGGACGAUUUUCUUUCACUUUGACGGGCUUGAAGAAUCAGAAGAGAGCCGGCCUUUUGUCUGUCGACGGCACAAUAAAACAGAGCAAAAAGGAAAAAGGAAAAAAAAGGGGGGGAAGAAGAAAAAAAAAAGGGAAAAAAAUGGUCGACCCCGAAACCAGCAGCAACGUCAUCGUGGAACCCGACGAUGUCGAUGACAACGAUUCCUCCAUCGGCGACGACGGCGCGGAUGCUUCCAGUUCCACCGCCAGCUUAAGGAGUUCGAUCCUCGAAUACAGAGAAGAGAAUGGGAGGACAUAUCACCGCUUUCGCGAUGGAAAGUACCAUUUCCCCAACGACGAGAUGGAGACCGAGCGACUUGACCUUCAACAUCACAUCUUCUAUCUGACUCUCGACGGCAAGCUGGGUCUUGCCCCUUCCAUCCAACCCGGCGCCCAGGUCGGCCGCGUGCUGGACCUCGGUACAGGCACUGGCAUCUGGGCCAUGGACUUUGGCGAUGAGCACCCGGAAGCUGAAGUCGUCGGUAUCGAUCUAUCGCCCAUCCAACCACUCUUUGUUCCACCAAACGUCAAGUUCGAAAUCGACGAUUUUGAGGACGACUGGACUUUCUCGCGCCCCUUCGACUACAUCCACAGCCGCAUGAACAACUCCAGCAUUGCCAAUUGGGAAGACUACAUCCGCAGGUCAUACGAAAACCUCGCCCCCGGAGGCUACAUCGAGCUCCAAGAAUUCACCCUCCCCCUCUCCGACGACGGGACCCUCACCAAAGACCACGCCCUGCACCAGUCCAUGACCCUCCUAGGCGAAGCCGCCGCCAAGCUAGGCCGUCCCUUCCGCGACCUCAACACCCUGAAAUCCCUCCUCGAGCACGCCGGCUUCGAAGACGUCCGCGAGCACCGCUACAAGUGGCCCUCCAACACCUGGCCCCGCGACCCCCACUACAAGGAGCUCGGCGCCUGGAACUACGAGAACAUCGUCUCCGGCCUCCAGGGCUUCCUCAUGGCCGCCCUCACCCGCGGGCUCGGCUGGUCCGCCACCGAGGUCAACGUGCUGGCCGCCCAGGCGCGCCGGGAUAUGGCCGAUCGCACUAUCCAUGCGUAUUGGCCCAUGAUUGUCGUCAUUGGGCGGAAGCCCGCCGUCAAGAAGGACGAGACCUGACGUGGGGGAUGCAGGGUAGAAGAUGAUGUUGGGGGGGGGGG